GUUAAUUAUUCUAGAAAAAGAAGAGGAUGUAUGCUGGGAAACGGGAUGCCAACUUGAUAGUUGGACAAUUAAAGGCUGUGAAGAGUAUCAUAUGGUCACGGUUAGGUCUAGACCAUGCGAUAACGGUCACCAUUAUUAUUGUUGUUAUGCAAAUGCAACUGCAAAAACAACGACUUUGCCGACUGUCGAAACAAAGAUCUCACAACACGAGUGUGGAUUUAACAACGGCACUCAACUUAAGAUUUAUGGCGGGGAUAAUGCUCAAUUGGGCGAUUGGCCUUGGAUGGUAGUACUAGGAGUCCGAGAAGUCGAAGCGAAAUAUCGUAUUACCAAAUGGCCGUGUGCUGGGACAUUAAUUUCAGAUAAACAUAUUUUAUCAGCCGCUCAUUGUUUUUCACAUAAGAAUAAACAACAAAUAAAUAUAGCGCGAUUAGGUGAAUUUAAUCUGGAUCCCAAUGUCGAUGAUGUAGUACAACCUAUAGAUAUUGGAAUCGAGAAGAUAAUAGUUCACGAAUCGUAUGAUGGCAAGAGAUCCAUUAACGAUAUUGCUCUUGUAGAAUUGGAAAGUCUUGUUAAAUUUAAUGAUUAUAUUCAACCCAUUUGUUUACCCGAUGGAACACCUAAAAUAACUAAUUCAACGUUGACUGUUGCUGGCUGGGGCACCACGGCAGAUGAUGCAGAAAACACUGUUCUGAAACAAGUAUCCGUUCCAGUAGUAAAAAACAAAGUAUGUAAACGAUUGUACCCUAGUUUAACAAUCGAUCAGCGUGUAAUAUGUGCUGGUGAUUUAAAAGGAGGAAGAGAUUCAUGUCAGGGCGAUUCAGGCGGACCGUUGAUGUUAAAGAUGCAGAAUAGACAUUAUUUAGUCGGUAUCGUAUCUUAUGGCAUGUUAUGUGCUGAGCCUAACCAGCCUGGAAUUUAUACAAGGGUUAUACAUUAUAAGAAAUGGAUUAUUAGAAAAAUGAAGAAAGGCUAGAUAUAAUAGGAUUUAGGACUUGUAAAGAAUCAUCACUCAUCAGACUAUUAAUAACAAUUAUUGAUGAUGAUAUUUUAAUAAAAUAUAAUAUUGCUAAAUAUUUUAUUUCGAAUGCUUAAAGUAUUUUUAUUUGUCAGUAUUUAAUACAAAACAGGUUUAUUCGAUCAAAUUGAUGUGAUUGUUUCAAAUAUUGCUAAAAUGUAUUUAACUUAAUUGUAUUGUUUUAAUAAUUUAUUUCAUUAACAAUUAUUGUAU